UGUUGUCUGUCAGAAUAUUGUCAAUUUCUUCCUAAUGUGAUUAACUCAUAACAAAAUAAGGUUUUAAACAGAAUUAACUUGUUUUUGGACCAAUAUUUCAGCAAUAAACUCUAUAAGCAACCUUAAGUUGAUGGUAUUGUAAAAACAAUGGAAAAAGUCGAAGACAUGACACAUUCCUAUGCCUUGGCCCCUUUGAGUGAUCAAUACAUGGUUCAAGUAGAAGACAUGGAAGAUGAACACGAUCAAUUAACGGCCGAAAACACAGAUGAUUCCAACCAUGACGGCGACAAAAUCGGUGUUCCACUGCGGGAACAAGAUAGGUUUUUACCUAUCGCUAACGUUGCCAAAAUCAUGAAAAAAGCUAUACCUGACGCUGGAAGGAUAACUAAUAAGAUUGCUAAAGAUGCUAGAGAAUGUGUGCAAGAAUGUGUUUCUGAGUUUAUCAGCUUUAUUACUAGUGAAGCUAGUGAUCGUUGUCAUAUGGAAAAGAGAAAAACUAUUAACGGAGAGGACAUUUUAGUUGCUAUGAGUACAUUAGGGUUUGACAACUAUGUGGAACCUUUAAAAAUAUAUUUACAAAAGUACAGAGAGGCUGCAAAGAGUGAUAAAAACCUGAGUGUAGACGUGAUGUAUGAGGAUGUCCAAGAAGAACCCUUCAGUUCUGCAGGAAACACCAUAUUAAGUACAGAUAAUGGAGGGACAGAAACUGUAUUGUACACCUACCAGGACAAUGGCAUACAACAGUUUCAACUAGGAUAAAAAUUAUUUGGUUGUUUUAUUUAGGCAAAAAUGUUAAUGUUUCUAAAUUAGUUUUUCUUUUUCUUGUAUGGCAUUUUGUAUUUUGGCCCACAGCUGCAUUUAAUUAAUUUUUGUUUCCUUUUGUGACAUGAAAAAAAUUGAAGGGAUAUAUUUUAAUAUGAUUACUUUAUUGGUUAAGAAAAACUGUCAACAAUUUUUGUACAGUUUUCUAUUGAGACAUGGAAAAUUUCCACUUAUUGUUAAUAUUUGGAGAUCAUUUUCAUUCGUCAAAUCUCCACAUUUACUCAAGUCAAGUAAAGAACAUAUCCAUAAAGCAUAUUUGACGAUAAUUGCUUCAUUUUCUUUUAUUCUCUUUACUUACCUGAAUGAAAUAACAUUUAAUCAUAUUGACAUUGGCAGCUGUCACAAUUGUCUCAACAAAUUGUGCUUCAAACAGAUUAGUUUUCAAAUAUUUAACAAUAUUAUUUGUGUGAAAGACUGUAUGUGAAAAUAGUUACUUUUGUUAAAAUAUUAAAACAAAUCAUUUAAUUGUGAAUUGUGUGUAUUAAAAUUAGUCUAGUAGUUAAUUGUAUAUUUCUCCAUUCUUUUUAUAAAACUAUAAUAGUUUUAUAUAAUAAAUAUUUGCUGAAAG